AUGCCAAAACGAAAAUAUGCUACUAGAAGUUUUACGAAAAAUAAAGAAUCUCAAGUAUCAAAUAGUGACAAAGAAAGCCCAGAUAAACCUAUAAAGCGAAAAUUUACCAAAUCGUAUAUCAAAGAGUCAGAUGACGAUCAAGAAACAACAUCGACUUCUAAAACUAUAACGGCGGAAGAGAAAACUCAAAGUAGUAAAAGUAGUAAAUCACCUACUAAGCGAAAAUUUACUAAAUCGGAUAUCAAAGAGUCAGAUGACGAUCAAGAAACAUCGACUUCUUCUAAAACUAUUACGGCGGAAGCUCAAAGUAGUAGUAAAAGCAGUGAAUCACCUUCUAAAUAUAUUAAAUCGUAUAAUGGAAAAAAGCAAAAAUACAAUGAAAGUACGCCAACCUUAGAAUCCUCUGAUGAUGAGCAACGUUCCGGGACUACGCCGAUCUUACCAUCUGAUCAACGUUCCGGAAAUGAUGAUAACGAACGACGUUCUAGGUCUACGCCAUCAGUUGAUAAUUUGGCAAUUGAUGAUUUUCAUAAAUUGCCAGCUUAUACUAGCGACGAUAAAAUUCUUAAAAAUUGUGAAAAGAUUUUAAUCAAACAAAUGAACCAGAUUCGUGCGUUGUAUGACAUACAGAAAGCAACGAACGAAAAAGUUACGUGGAUUCAAAAACAAAUGAAAGUAAGGAACAGCAGACAAAAAAACAUUAACCUAAGUGAAAAGGUUUUUGGAGAUGGAUAUAAUUUUGUGUGCGCCGCGUUUUUUCCCGAUAACUUAUGGCCAACUUUCUUGGACUUCAAAAAUUCGUUGGAGGGUUGGCUGGAAAAAAAUUAUCCUAAUUAUAUUAAAGAAUUAGGACAGGGGGAGUGGAUAAAUAAUUUUAGUGGCAAACACUAUACCCUGCUUUUGCGAAGAAUGAAAGAUUUGAGAGGAAUUGGCGUCUCGGCAGUAAAAAAUGCCAUCUCAAAAGAAUUUAAUUUGUCAGUAGUGGGCGGCAGUAAACGAAAAAAUUUAAAAGCCAUUUCGGAUUGGAAGAAGUCAAAACAAGUUGAAGUUUGUUAUAAUAAACUUUAUGAUGAUGAGGUGGCGAUAGAUAAUAUUGCUAAACGAGCUUUUCCCUCUACUACCGACGAAUUAAUGCUUCACCAUAAUUAUGUAUACACCGCAUCGGUUGCAGAUAUUAUUUUAAACCCAAAUUAUCCCGGUAUUGAAGUUUCCAAAAAACCUUUGGAAAAACGAUAUAAAAAAUUUAAGGAGCUACUUGAAAAUAAGGGAAGUUUUGAACUUAGUGAUGCUAACGCGAUAUUGGAAAAGGAAAAGGAAACGCCGGAGUUUAUAAAGAAAAAGCGGAUUAUUGAUGAUGAAGAAGUGGAAGAUAUAGAAAAUGAAGUAAAUGAAGUGGAAGAAGCACCCGGUGAUGAUAAUAAUGAUGAUUACUAUGACUUUUUAUUUGCUAGUGACUGGUAA